GAGAAGGGGCAAGGAAGGCCACGACAGAGCAAGGCAGAAGCUGCUGGUUGGGCCCACGAUGAAAAGAGUCGUUCUUUUGCUGCUGGUGCUCCUGGACUUGGGACUGACUCAAAAAACACUCCACAGGGUGCCCCUCAGGAGGCAUCCGUCCCUCCGGAAGAAGCUGCGGGCACGGGGCCAGCUCUCUGAGUUCUGGAAAUCCCAGAAUUUGGACAUGAUCCAGUACACCGAGGCCUGCACGAUGAGCCAGGGUGCCAACGAGCCCCUCAUCAACUACAUGGAUACAGAAUACUUUGGCUCCAUCUCCAUUGGCUCUCCACCGCAGAACUUCACCGUCAUCUUUGACACUGGCUCCUCCAACCUCUGGGUCCCUUCCGUGUACUGCAUGAGCCCAGCCUGCAAGACACACGCCAGGUUCUACCCUUCCCAGUCCAACACAUACAGCGCACUGGGGAAUCAUUUCUCCAUUCAAUACGGGACUGGGAGCUUGUCUGGAAUCAUUGGAACCGACCAAGUCUAUGUGGAAGGACUGCUUGUGGUCGGCCAGCAAUUUGGAGAGAGUGUCACGGAGCCUGGCCAGACCUUUGUGAACGCAGAGUUUGAUGGAAUUCUGGGCCUGGGAUACCCCUCCUUGGCUGUGGGAGGGGUGACCCCGGUGUUCGACAACAUGAUGGCACAGAACCUGGUGGACAUACCCAUGUUUUCUGUGUACAUGAGCAGUGACCCAGAAAGUGGUGUGGGGAGUGAGCUGAUUUUCGGAGGCUAUGACCAUUCCCAUUUCUCUGGGAAUCUGAACUGGGUCCCGGUCACCAAGCAAGGCUACUGGCAGAUUGCACUGGAUGUAAUCCAGGUGGGAGGCACAGUGAUGUUCUGCUCUGAGGGCUGCCAGGCCAUUGUGGACACAGGGACUUCCCUCAUCACGGGCCCCUCCGACAAGAUCAAGCAGCUGCAGAAGGCCAUUGGGGCAGAGCCCAUGGAUGGAGAAUAUGCUGUGGAGUGUGCCAACCUCAACGUCAUGCCGGAUGUCACCUUCAUCAUCAACGGAGUCUCCUACACCCUCCAACCGACUGCCUACACCCAGCUGGACUUUGUGGAUGGAAUGGAGUUUUGCAGCAGUGGCUUUCAAGGUCUUGACAUCCAGCCCCCAGCUGGGCCCCUCUGGAUCCUGGGUGAUGUCUUCAUUAGACAGUUUUAUUCAGUCUUUGAUCGUGGGAAUAACCGUGUUGGGCUGGCCCCGGCAGUCCCCUAAGGCGUGGCCUUGCCCAUGCGUCUGCCUGCCUGCUUGCCUGAAGCCCUUUAGAAAUUCAGCUGUGCCUGGGAGGUUGGGGCAUUCUUCACAGCUGUCAGAAAGUCACUGCAAUUGUUCCAAAGCCGCAAUUUGAAUUGGGACCAAAUAGAGCAUGAGAACAUACACACCCACUCGCACGCUUCACACAUUUCACACACACCCACGUCCACACCUCCUCCACCACCAUCAUGAUGGAAGAAUUAAGUGGCAUGCCCAUACUUUGUAUUGCUUUUUGCUAGCAUUUUCUUUUGGAAAUCUCCAAACAUGUACCCAAACAGAGAUGAUAGCACAAUAAAUCCCUGUGGACCCCAGCCGCAUUUCAUAACCCACCAGCAUGUAGCCAGGCCUGUUUUAUCUGGAGCGCCUCUCCUCCUCUCUCCAGCCCACACACCUGCAUUAUUCUGAGGCAAAUUCUUGGUAUCAUAUCUUAAAUCAUCACUGCAACGAUUCACCCAUAUAUCCCUCUACGAUUCUUAAAUACGCAAUCAGCGUUCAAAUGUUGUCUGUUGUCUAGGAAAUGUUGGGUCAUUUUCAUGGCCGACUUGUCUGUAUCAGGAUGCAAAUAAAGUUCACAA